AUGCCACCCAAGGACGCUGCAAAGGAUGCCGCAGGUCCCAUCCAGCUCGAAAACACGUCUAAGCGUGACUUUCUCCAAAAGCUCGAAAAGGAGUCGCAGGACUUUUGGGCACAGCAGCACGUCUUUGACGUCGAUGCUCCUACUCAGGAUGAUGGCCUCAUCGAUAUGACUCCAGAAGAGGUGCGCGCAAAGUAUCCCAAAUGGUUCGCCACUAUCCCAUACGCCUACAUGAACGGUUCCCUCCAUCUUGGUCACGCCUUCACCCUCUCCAAGGUCGAGUUCGCUGCCGGCUACGAACGCAUGCAGGGAAAGCGUGCCCUCUUCCCAUGGGCUUUCCACGUUACUGGCAUGCCCAUCCGUGCUGCUGCCGACAAACUCGUUCGCGAGAUCGAGCUGUUUGGCCCAGACUUUUCCGGAUACAAGGACCCCGCAGACGAGCCAGACCACGACGAUGCUCCUGAACCACCAGCGCCUACCGCCAACACUUCGAGCGUUACCAAGACCAACGUUGCCAAAGCCACCAAGGGUAAGCUCGCCGGAAAGGACACCGGUCUCAAGUACCAAUUCCAGAUCAUGCUCAACUCGGGUGUGCCCAAGGACGAGAUCAAAAAGUUCGCCGAUCCCAACUACUGGCUCAGCUAUUUCCCUCCCAUCGCCAAAGCUGACUGUACCGCUUUCGGCUCUCGCAUCGACUGGCGACGCGCUUUCAUCACCACCGACGUCAACCCUUACUACGACAGUUUCGUUCGCUGGCAGAUGAACAAGCUCCACGCAAUGGACAAGAUCAAGUUCGGCGAGCGUUACACCAUCUAUUCGCCUAAGGAUGGCCAGCCAUGCAUGGACCACGACCGAUCCGACGGUGAAGGUGUCGGCCCCCAGGAGUACACCGGUCUCAAGAUGGAGCUCGUUCAGUGGGGUGCGCUCGCCGCUCCCGAGCUCGACGCCAAGCUCCAGGGCAAGAAUGUCUACUUUGUCGCCGCUACCCUCCGUCCAGAGACCAUGUACGGUCAGACCAACUGCUACGUCGGCCCUUCAAUCGACUACGGCGCCUUCCAGAUCAACGACACGGAUGUCUAUAUUUGCACCCAGCGCGCUGCGCGAAACAUGGCUUUCCAAGGUAUCACCAAGGAGCGCGGCCAGGUCAACUCGCUUGCCACCGUCAAGGGCUCCCAGCUGAUCGGCACCAAGAUCAAGGCUCCUUUCGGUCUCUAUCCGGAAGUCUACGUGCUCCCCAUGGAGACCGUGCUCGCUACCAAGGGUACCGGGGUUGUCACUUCGGUUCCUUCCGACUCGCCCGACGAUUAUGCUACGCUCAUGGAUCUGCGCAAAAAGGCCGAAUACUUCAAGAUUGACCCGCAGUGGGCCGCAUUCGAGCCUAUCCCCGUCAUUCGUACCCCCGCCUACGGUGACAUGACUGCCGAGACGCUCGUCAAGCAGCUCAAGAUCCAAAGCGCCAAGGACAAGAACCAGCUGGCCGAAGCCAAAGAGCUUGCCUACAAGGAAGGCUUCUACAAUGGCACCAUGCUCGUCGGCACCUACAAGGGCGAAUCCGUUCAAGAUGCCAAGAACAAGGUGCGUGACGAGAUGAUCAAGGCAAACCUCGCUUUCGCCUACGCUGAACCCGAGGGCAAAGUCAUCAGCCGAAGUGCCGACGAGUGUGUCGUGGCUCUCUGCGACCAGUGGUACAUGGACUACGGCGAGGAGUCGUGGAAGGCACAGGCUAGCAAACUAAUUGCUCAAAUGAACACGUUUGGCUCCGAGGUCCGGAAUGCCUUUGAAGGCACCAUCGACUGGCUCAAGCAGUGGGCUUGUGCUCGUUCCUACGGUCUCGGUUCCAAGCUGCCCUGGGAUCCGCAGUACCUCGUCGAGUCGCUCAGUGAUUCAACCAUCUACAUGUCCUACUACACCAUCGCCCACCACCUCCAGGGCGGUGUUGCCGAUGGAAGCAAGGUUGGCCCCAUCGGUAUCAAAGCUGAGGAGCUCACCGACGAGAUUUGGGACUACAUCCUCGGAGAUGCCGCUUACCCCACCGACACCACCAUCCCUAAGGAGAAAGCCGAGAUUCUUCGCCGCGAGUUCCGCUACUUCUACCCCAUGGACCUCCGUUCGUCGGGCAAAGACCUGAUCCCGAACCACCUUACCUUCUGCGUCUACGUCCAUUCGGCUCUUUUCCCCGAGCACCAUUGGCCGCGUGCCAUCCGCGCCAACGGCCAUCUCAUGUUGAAUGGCAAAAAGAUGUCCAAGUCGACCGGAAACUCGCUCAGCUUGCGUCAGUCGGUGGAGAAGUUCGGUGCCGACGCCACGCGUCUGUCGCUCGCCGACGCUGGUGACGGUAUCGAAGAUGCGAAUUUCGAGGAGAAGACGGCCAACGCCAACAUCCUGCGGCUGCAUACGCUUAUCGAAUGGUGCGCCGAGGUGAUCGCCAACAAGGCGACGCUUCGAAGCGGCCCCAAGGACACGUUCUGGGACAGAUCGUUUGAGAACCAGAUCAACAACCUCAUCCAACUUACCAAUGAGGCUUAUAACAAGUCGCUCUACAAGGACGCCACCAAAUUUGGCUUCUACGAGUUGCAGACGGCGCGUGAUCUGUACCGUGAAGCGACGUCGGAUGUGGGUAUGCACGUGGAUCUGGUCUUGCGAUGGAUUCGAACGCAGGCGUUGCUGAUCACGCCGAUUGCUCCGCACUUUGCCGAGCACGUGUGGCGCAAGUUUUUGGGUGAAGAGACGUCGAUCCAAAACGCGAGAUGGCCCGAGGCUUCGGCGCGCGUGGAUAACUCGAUCACCGAGGCGUUGGCGUACGUUUCCGGGACAGUCAAGACGGUACGUGAUGCCGAAAUUCUGCUGACUAAGAAGUCCAAGGGCAAGAAUGGUGUUGCUGCGUCGGCGGUUAAAUACAACGAACGUGCACCUAAAGAAUGCCGCAUGUUUGUAGCCAAAAACUUCCCCGCCUGGCAGGACAAGUGCGUUUCGAUCGUGCAAGCGCACUAUGACGCUGGUAGUGGUUCGUUCGACGACAAGGCAAUUCGAGAGCAGCUUGCCAAGGAUGGCAUGCUGAAGGACAAGAAAGUGAUGAACUUUAUCGUCACGUUUAAAAAGAGGAUUGCCGACUUUGGCGCACAGACUGCAUUCAACCGCUUGCUGCCGUUCAACGAGCUGGAAACGCUCAAGGCGGCCAGUGGAUAUUUCAAGAAGAGCAUGAACUUCCAGCAAAUCCACAUCUUCUGUAUCGAGGACGACAGGCACAGGUACGAGCACCUCCAAGGCGUUGAUGACAAGCUCCUCGAAACUGCCGAGCCAGGACACCCGAGUUUCACCUUCUUCAACACGGACGCGUAA